CCGCAAUAAACAAGUCUGGGGGUGUUAGCCUAGCUAUACACAGGGAACUUUGCACAUUUACCAGCUAAAAUGCCCAAACGAGCUUACCCUUUUCCUGAAUCCUUCUCUUCCCAGUACAAAAUACACAUCGGGCAGCGAGAGAUAAACAACUUUGGAGUGUUUGGAAAUAAAUAUAGGCAAGAAAUAUACGAAAAGACAAAGAACCUGCUUUUCAAUGGUGCGAAAGCUGUAGUGGGGAAAAUAUGGACUGGAGAGGAGAAGUGCCCAGAUUCACAGUUCAAAGAACAACACACUGCAUGCAGUCAGACACUCCUGAGAGGACAGACACUUAUUGGGCAGGAUGGGAAACUCACAAGAGCAAAUACUGUACAAGGUGUGUCAGCGGCUCCCACAGGCUGCUGUGUUUGUCAUAAAAAUCAGGGUUCCAGGACGCUGUGUUCCCAGUGUGACAGACCGGCUUGUGCUACUUGUACCAGACAGUGUUCCAGCUGCUGCAGCCCGUGCUGCUCCGUCUGCACCAUCGUAGAUUACAGCGGACCAUAUGAUGAAGUGCUAUGCUGCAGCUGUUCAACAUAAGCAGGACCAACAUAAAGGAUCAGUUUGGGUACUUGAUCAUGUAAAGUUGCCCCCAUGAGAUUUUACAAAGAGGACUGUGUAAACUUGUUUUUAUGGUUGAAAUGUGUUCUUGUAAAUAUGUGUUUUAUUCUGAAAUAAACUUGAAUGUUUUUUUUUAUUAAAUCCA